AUGUGGGUGAAGGAAAACGUCACGACUAAAGCAGAUGAAAUUAUGAAGGAAUUGAAAUACUAUCAGGAUACAGACGAAUGCGGAAAUAAAGAAAUAGAAGACAUUAGUUCCAUUGGCAAAAAUAGAAUAAAAAUAAUAUUUAACAACUACAAAAGCGCAAAUAAAGUUAUAAGGGAUGAAAUGCUGGAUGUUUUUAAUAUUAAUGCAUACAUACCAAGGCACAAAUUAGUAAGAUUGGGGAUUAUAUUUGACAUUGACCCAAGCCUGGACGAAGAAGAAAUUUUAAGCAGCAUUAGAAGUGAAAGCGAAAUUAUAAGUAUUAGAUGCCUAAAGAGUAAGAACAAUGAGUCAACAAAAACAAAUUCGCAGAGAGUUAAAAUAUUAUUUAAGGGAAAUAUGUUACCAGAAAGAGUCUUCAUUCAUUCAGUCAGCUGCCGAGUUUCACCAUUUAUUCAAAGACUUAUACAAUGUCAUAAUUGCUGGAGAUUUGGCCAUAUAAAAUCUCAAUGCAAAAGCAAGGAAAGAUGCAAAAAAUGCACAGAAGAACACAAGAUAGAAGCAUGCAAAAGUGACAUAGAAUUAUGUAGCUUAUGUCACGAUAAUCAUCGAGCAGAUGAUAAAAAUUGCGAAGUAUACUUGAAGAACAAAAGAAUAAAAGAAAUUAUGGCUCUACAAAACACAUCUUACAUAGAAACGAAAAAGAUCAUCCAAUACAAUAGAUAUGCCAAAGCAGCCAGCACAUUCAGUCAUUAUAAGUCCUACCAAAGCCACUUCCCAGAAAUUCUUAGUAAUAUAAGAAAUGAUUCAGUCCAUUCGAAUAUUAAUAGAUAUGAUAUACUUUCUGAUUUGAAAGAAAAGGAAGAGUUAUACGAUCGAAUAAUAUAA